CUUCUCCGCAUCGUAAACCGGUCGGACACCGGGGAGCUCUCUCCCCGACGCCGUUCCGCAUUUUUAUUUAAUAUUCUCCCUCCCUCAUCGCUUUCCGGGUUUCUUGCUCGCCGCCUGGCUCCGACUGCCAUGACCUGGAGAAGCGGCCGCUUGCCCACGUCGUGACGAUGGCCGUGAAACCGCCGUUGCGGCCGAAGUCUAAGGAGCCGCAGCGACCCGCCGAUGGCGCGGGCGGCGAGUGGACGGCGAUCUUGGACGAUCGAAAUCCUCGUCACCUCCGACUCGCCUUCUUGGCGAUCCUUUGCCUCGCGUUGGGCACCCGACUCUACAAGAUCACGGAGCCCGACCAUGUGUGCUGGGAUGAAACACAUUUUGGGAAGAUGGGGAGCUGGUACAUCAACCGGACAUUCUUCUUUGAUGUCCACCCUCCACUGGGGAAGAUGCUCAUUGGACUGUCAGGCAAGCUGACGGGCUACAAUGGGACGUUUGCCUUUGGAAAGCCAGGCGACAAGUAUGAGGAUCACAACUAUGCAGGAAUGAGGAUUUUCUGUGCCCUUCUGGGAAGCAUGGUGUCCCCAUUCUCCUUCGUGAUUGUCUGGGAACUGUCCCGUUCUCUGACCGCAGCCGUCCUCUCCUCGCUUCUGGUCACCUUCGAUGUGGGGUUGGUGACGCUGUCACAGUACAUCCUUCUCGACCCCAUCCUCAUGUUCUUCAUUGUGGGGGCCUUCAUGAGCAUUGUGGUCUUCAAGGCCCAGCAGGACAGGCCUUUUUCUCGAAUAUGGUGGACCUGGCUCGUCAUUUCCGGAAUGUUCCUGUCGUGCGCCAUCAGCGUCAAGUUUGUCGGCCUCUUUGUGGUGCUCCUUGUGGGUCUUUACACGGCCCACGACCUCUGGGUGCACCUCGGAAACUUGGAACAAUCACUGGCGCAGGUGGCGAAGCAUUUUGCCAGCAGGGCGCUCUGCCUGAUACUCUUGCCCGUGUGCCUCUACAUGUUUUAUUUCUACAUCCAUCUUCAGGUUCUCUACAAAAGUGGCAGCGGAGACGGCUUCUUCAGUUCAGAGUUCCAAUCUCGGCUAAAAGGAAAUUCACUCUACAUGGCCAGCAUGCCCAGACAGGUUGCAUACGGAGCCCAGCUCACGUUGAAGAACCAUAGGACUGGAGGUGCCUACCUUCACUCCCACUGGCACCUGUACCCCGAAGGCCUGGGGGCACGACAACAGCAGGUGACGACUUACUCGCACAAGGACGACAACAACCAGUGGAUAAUCAAGAAGUACGACCAGCAGCCGGACCUGCGUAACAAGACGGUCGACCUCGUCAGGAGCGGGGACAUCAUUCGCCUGGAGCAUGUCGUGACGACGAGAAACUUGCACUCCCACAAGGAGCCGGCACCGGUCACAAAGAGGCACAACCAAGUGACGUGCUAUGGAGAGAACGGUACAGGGGAUGCCAACGACGUCUGGAGGAUCGAGGUGGUGGGAGGGGCACCGGGGGAGGUGAUUCAGACGGUCACCACCAAGUUCAAGCUCAUUCACUACCUCACCGGCUGCGCCCUCCACUCGCACAACAAGCAGCUACCCAAGUGGGGCUACGAGCAGAUGGAAGUGUCCUGCAACCCCAACGUGCGCGACAAGAACACACUCUGGAAUGUCGAGGACAACCACUAUCCCCACCUGCCAAACGUCAGCUUCGAAGCCUACGCCCCGGGUUUUCUCAAAAUGUUCCUGGAAUCUCAUGCCGUCAUGCUUCAGGGAAAUGCAGGGUUGAAGCCAAAGGAGGGGGAAGUGACAUCGCGACCUUGGCAGUGGCCGAUCAACUACAAGGGCCAGUUCUUCUCGGGCGUCCAGUACCGCAUCUACCUGCUGGGCAACCCGGUCAUCUGGUGGGGGAACCUUGUCUGCAUGGCGCUGUACUUCGCCAUGCAGACCUGCCUGCUCAUCCGGCAGAAGAGGGGGUACCUCGGCAGUCCCAGCACCAGAGAGCGGGAUGCCAAGAUGUCCCGUGCCGCAGUCUGGCUCAUCAUCGGCUGGGCCCUGCACUACAUCCCCUUCUAUGGCAUGGGCCGGGUGCUCUACUUCCACCACUACUUCCCUGCCCUCAUCUUCAGCUCCAUGUUGUCUGGUGUCGUCUUGGACUACCUGCUCCAAGUUAUCCCAACGUACCUGCCUGCAAAGGUCAAACAGUCUGCUUACCACUGGAUUCUCGGAUCAUACCUUGCUGUCAUCACAUACAGCUUCUACCUGUUCUCGCCUUUGGCCUACGGAAUGGACGGUUCCAUAUCCAUCCACGAAAACAGCACAAUGCAUGGACUGAGAUGGCUGGACACGUGGGAGUUUUAAAAAAAAAAAAACAUGCUUGUGUAAGC